UGUCACCGAAUCUGGCAAUUUGGAAUUUGCGUAAAGUCUUCAAACUGUUCUGUUUUCAGACGAAGUUUGUGUUGGAGUGUUUGUAAAGUACUUAGGAUAAAAUUAUUUUGGUUAUAUUCUAAGCAGUAAAAGAAAUCAUGGGGAAAGAUAAAAAUAAAGGAGAAACGGAAAAUCCUCGUGUUAUACAGUGUCCAGAUUUAACUCCAGUAGAUGUUGUGCAAGAUUGCCCUAAAUAUGAUUUAAUGUUGCAGCAAGUAGAGAAUAUUUGUAUUGGGUCUGAUGAUCUUCAAGAAUUACAAUUUGAGUUAGAAAAUAUUUUAGUUAAUUUGACAAAACGAGAAGAAACCAUCAGAGAUGAAUUAGAUGUUUUUGAAAAAAAGCCAAAGAAGUCAAAGGGAAAGCUAUCAUAAGAACAU